AAGGUGCGAUCUCGCCACCUAGCAACAAUGGCAGAAGACCACAAAGGCAAGACGGUCACCGACCGGCGAGCCGGCAAUCGGCGGUACAACGACCGGUGCACCUUGGAGAGCCUCACCGUCGCAGCCGUCUUCCUCGUCGUGGUCGGCGCGCUCUUGCUCAUCCUCGGCCCGACGUCCUCCGACCUCACCCUCCCGCGCCUCCGCGUCGUGUUCAACAACCCCGUCAACAUAGCUGUCUCGGCACCGCCGGGUGCUGCCGCGCCUGCGCCCAGCAACGCGAGCGACGAGGACAUCGGCCUCCCGCAGCCCCGGCAGCUGACGGACCCUCCUUACUCGCUGGGUCGCACCAUCCUGGACUACGACGCGCGCCGGUCCGCGUGGCUCGCCGCGCACCCGGAGUUCCCCGCGCGCGUGCCGCUCGCGGGGAAGCCGCGUGUGCUGCUCGUGACGGGGUCGGCGCCGGCGCGGUGCCCCGACCCGUACGGCGACCACCUGCUGCUCAAGGCGUUCAAGAACAAGGCCGACUACUGCCGCGUGCACGGCCUCGACGUGUUCUACAACACGGCGUUCCUAGACGCCGAGAUGUCCGGGUUCUGGGCGAAGCUGCCGCUGCUGCGGACGCUGAUGCUGGCGCACCCGGAGGUGGAGCUCCUCUGGUGGGUGGACUCCGACGCGGUGUUUACGGACAUGCUCUUCGAGCUGCCGUGGGAGAGGUACGCGUCCCACAACCUCGUGCUCCACGGCUGGGCCGCCAAGGUGUUCGAGGAGCGGAGCUGGGUCGGCAUCAACACCGGCAGCUUCCUGAUCCGCAACUGCCAGUGGACGCUCGACCUCCUCGACGCGUGGGCACCCAUGGGCCCGCGCGGCCCCGUGCGCGACAGGUACGGAGAGCUGUUCGCGCAGGAGCUCUCCGGGCGCCCGCCGUUCGAGGCCGACGACCAGUCGGCGCUCGUGUUCCUGCUCGUGAGGCAGCGGGAGAGGUGGAUGGACAAGGUGUUCCUCGAGAGCUCCUACGAGCUCAACGGGUUCUGGGAGGGAAUCGUGGAAAGGUACGAGGAGAUGCAGCGGAAGGGGCGGCCCGACGGGCUCGGCGACGGUCGGUGGCCACUCGUGACGCACUUCGUCGGGUGCAAGCCGUGCCGGCGAUACGCGGACAGCUACCCGGCUGAGCGGUGCCGGCUCGGCAUGGAGCGCGCGCUCAACUUCGCUGACGACCAGAUACUGAAGCUGUACGGGUUCGAGCACGAGUCGCUCAACGGCACCGCCGUGCGGCGUGUCCGGAACGAGACCGGCGGGCCACUGGACGCCGACGACGAGGAGCUCAGCCGGCUGUUGCACCCCACGUUACGGGCCGUCAAGCCCACGUAGGCGACAUAGUGCUAGCUUGUCAGAGAUUCUGUUUCUUAUGGUUGACUUGAUUUUGCUGGAGUUUCUUUUCUUUUCUUUCUUUUUUCUUGUUCCCUCUCCCUUCUUCUCAGACUCAGAACACUCAA